AUGACGAUAUCGCAUCCAGAGUUUAAUGAGAAGACCACGGCGACGAAAGUUGCUAGCGUCUUUGCCGGUCAGAUACAAGGCAAGAAUGUUGUCAUCACUGGCGUUGGGCCCAGCAGCUUAGGUGAAGCCCUUGCGCUGUCGAUAGCUACUCAGAAGCCAGCGAACUUGUUUCUGGCUUCUCGCACCGAGACCAAAGUCCAGGAAGUCGCCGAUAAAGUGCAGGCACUAGCUCCAGAAACAGCAGUUGAAACUGUGAUACUGAACCUUGCAUCCCAACAAUCCGUUCAUGCUGCAGCAUCCAAGAUCCAAGGGCUGGUCGACCACAUCGACAUCAUAAUCAACAAUGCCGGAAUGAUGGUUCUAGACCGAGAUGCCACCGAAGAGGGGAUCGAAAUACAGUUUGGAACAAACCAUAUUGGACAUUUCUUGUUCACAAACUUGCUCAUGGCCCAGCUUAAGAAGGCUGCCACAGCCUCGGGGCCUGGGUCGACUCGAAUAAUCAAUGUCACUAGUGCCGGCCACCGGUUGUCGCCUAUCCGGUUCCAUGACUACAACUUCGAGGGCAAGGACGUUCCCCAAGAUGAGAGACCUCCUGAUGGACUGCCACCGAUGUUCAGUCCCACUGCGAGCGGGUAUAACGGAUGGUUGGCAUAUGGACAGUCCAAGACUGCCAAUAUCCUGUUCACAGUCUACCUAACCCAGCAUCUUGCGUCUGCAGGCAUCGUUUCAUAUAGUGUUCACCCUGGCUCUAUCUGGACUGGCCUGAGCCGAAACCUUGACGAGAGCGCCAAUGAGACCAUGUCGAAAACCAGCAAUUUCUGGAAAACAGCGGAUCAAGGCGCGGCAACUAUGCUCGUGGCGGCUUUCGAUCCGAGCUUGAAAGUUGUCUCCGAUCCAUCUGCUGUUUACCUCAGCGAUUGUCAAUUUGCCACUGCGGUACCCCAUGCUGUGAGUCUGGAACCAGCCGAAAGAUUGUUCCGCUUGAGUGAGGAGUUGGUGGGGAUGCAGUUUCCGCUGUAA